GCGAAUUUGAAAUCAGUUCAGUUCAGUCAGAGACUAACCGCGGUCAGCCGUCGUCGGUCGCGUUCAGGAUCGUCGUCGUUGGGGCACGGCACGGCGCUACGCCGUCUAACUCGUACCAACUUAGUGGCUUACACACAUUAUACAGAAAGAAUAUUUUUGUUAUCUCCAAAUUGUCCGUUUCGCGUUGUGCCAUAUUGUUGUGGUUGGGGUCAGAUACGAGAAUCAAAGUGAACAAAGUGGUAGAGUGUUGAUUGUGGGUUUUUUUUUAUGAAAUAAAGUGAAACUUGAAGAUGCCGGAUGCGACACGAAUCGACUCCUUGGUGAAGGAGUUCAACGAUAGCCCCCAUGGGCCGAAGAAGCUGCACCAGUCUAGGACUCGUUUCAUGCCCAUCGUUUUCGGCCGAGAUGGGAAACCUCAACCAAAGCCGGGACCUCGCAGUGCCGAAGCACAGGACUUCUACGCCCUGCGGAAGCGAUGUCUCCGCAGUGGAAGCCUAUUUGAAGAUCCGGAAUUCCCUGCCAAUGGUUCAUCUUUAAGUUUUACCGGAGAAUCUCGACCACACCUCAAAUGGCUCCGACCGAAUGAAAUUUCACAGGACCCCCGAUUCUUCGAGAACAGCUAUUCCCGCUUCGAUGUCAACCAAGGAGAGCUGGGUGAUUGUUGGCUGCUGGCUGCGGCGGCAAAUCUUACCCAAGACCCGCAACUGUUCACCAGGGUUGUCCCGGAGGACAACAGCUUCAAAAAGGAUUACGCGGGGAUUUUUCACUUUCGGUUUUGGAGGUUCGGACAGUGGUGCGAUGUAGUGAUCGACGAUCGGUUACCGACGGUUAAUGGGAAGUUGGUGUAUAUGCGAUCCACGGAAGAUAACGAGUUCUGGAGUGCGCUGUUGGAGAAGGCUUAUGCUAAGCUGUUCGGGUCGUACGAGGCGUUGAGGGGUGGAUCAGCUAGUGAAGCGAUGGUAGAUUUUACCGGGGGUAUUGCGGAGUCAUACGAGAUGAAGGACGUCCCGAAGGAUUUGUUCCAGAUCAUCGAGAAAGGGUUCAGGAGUCACGCAAUGUUUGCGUGUAGUUUGGAACCGGAUCCAUUCAAGCCGGAAGCGGAAACUCCUCAGGGAUUGAUUCGGGGGCAUGCUUAUUCGUUGACCAUGGCCAAGAUGGUGGAUAUCCAAACGCCAAAUGUUAAGGGAAAAAUUCCUUUAUUGCGGCUAAGGAAUCCUUGGGGAAAUGCCAACGAGUGGAAUGGAGCGUGGAGCGAUAAAUCUCCGGAAUGGAAAUAUAUUCCGGAAGAAACUAAGCGAGAGAUCGGGUUGAUCUUUGAACUUGACGGAGAGUUCUGGAUGUCUUUUCAGGACUUUGUAAAAUAUUUUGAUCGCAUUGAAAUGUGCAACAUGAGCCCGGAUUGUCCGAUAAUUCGACAGAGCGGAAAUUAUCCCUGGAAACAAUCGGCGUUUGAAGGCGAAUGGGUUAUUGGAAGCACUGCUGGUGGAUGCAGAAACUAUCCUGAUACUUUUUGGCAUAACCCGCAGUACGUUGUACACUUGAAAGAACCUGACAAAGACGAUACCGAAAAGAAAGCAACGGCCAUAAUAGCAUUACUACAGAAAAAUCGAAGAUCUAAGCGCAACAAAGGCAUGGACUGCCUUACCGUAGGACUUAUCAUCUACCGCGUAACGGAACGUGAUCUCAUCCGAAAGCCUCUGCCCAAAGAAUUCUUCCUACGGAAUGCAUCCGUAGCGCGAUCAACUUUCGUGAAUCUACGAGAGGUGACCUGUCGAUUCCGAUUGGAUCCCGGAACCUACGUUGUGAUCCCGUCCACGUUUGAGCCGAAUAUCGAAGGCGAGUUCAUGAUCCGGGUAUUCUCCGAGUGUCCGGACUGCAUGACCGAGAAUGAAGACUGCGUUGGAGAGUGUGACCUGGAUCCACGGGUGGUGCCAGAUAGCAACAACAACGAUGUGCCAGUAGUAGCUCCCGUCAAAAUCCGAAGCCCCGAUCCUACAAAACCAGAUCCGCAACGGCAAGCCAUGGAAAAACUAUUUCUGGACGUCGCUGGUGUCGAUGGUGAAGUUGACUGGAUGGAGCUGAAAAUGGUCUUGGAUCACUGCUUCCGAGAUGACAUCGCCAUUGCGGCUAAAGGAGUGUCUCGAAGCUACCACGUGGCCCCGGUGGAAUCCAAGAAAUCUCUAACGCCUCAAGGCGAGGUCGUGUGCUGUGGUCUGCUGGCCAUUCUGCAGGAUUGGUACGGGAAAAUGGCCGGAGGAGACAAUCGUCCGGCGGGAAGCACUUCCGCAGAUCUGAUGGUGGCCAAGGAACGGGCACCCCUCAUGACCGGUGAGACGAGUCCCGAAGGCAGCGGCGCCGGUUUCUCCAAAGAUGCCUGCCGCUCGAUGGUGGCCAUGCUCGACGAGGAUCAAUCCGGCAAGCUGGGCUUCGUUGAGUUCCAAAAGCUACUAACGGAAAUCGCCCGCUGGAAAGCGGUGUUCAAACUGUACGAUACCGACCGAUCCGGUCAUCUAAACCCGUUCGAGCUGCGGGCCGCACUUCAGUCCGCUGGCUACCACCUCAACAAUAAGAUUCUCAACAGCCUGAUGCAUCGGUACGGAUCGCGCGAGGGUGAGAUAUGGUUCGAUGACUUCAUUACCUGCGCGGUGAAGAUCAAAACCAUGAUCGACAUCUUCCGCGCAAAGGACGUGAAUGGAAUCGCUUCGUUCAACAUGGAUGAAUGGAUACAGAAAACUAUUUAUUGUUAAUGCUAAUGUGACUGUAACUAGUGCUCGACUAACAAUGCUACUUCAAUGCAGUUUUUGUUUCUCUCUUUCACAGAAGGCUGGUACUUUGAAACAAAGUUUCACUUUUAUUGUUGAUUGUAAAUCUGAAUAAAGCUAUUUGAAGUUUUGAAUUACA